GAACCCUCCCUCUUCGAUGCUCUUCCGAUCGAAGUUCCGUCCUUUCGGCCAAUUCCCUCCUCAGCUUCCAGCCCCCAAGCCCGCGAUUUCCUCGGCGGCGGCGGCAGCGGCGGACGAGCUCCUUAUUGAUUCGUCGACAUCCAAGAAUCCGGUGAGAGAAAUCCUAACCCUAGCGAAACGAGGGAAUCGGCCACUGUUUCUUCCCUCUAAUCGGACGCGGGUCGAUAGGCAAUCCCGCGGGGCCGGGAAAGAUGGAAACUUUAUGGACUGGGAGGUGGCAAGAACUAGAUUCGAGGACGCCAGGCUUGCUCGUCUGGAGACUUGCCAUGCUUUGGCUCGGGAGGGGAGGUUGAAGGAGAUAAACAGCGUUUUGAAGCAAAUGCUGCACGAAGAAGGGUCUGGUUCGGCACCAUCCCUUUGUGAAUUGCUGCAGAAUAACUUCAGAGACUGCGAUUCUUGCAGUAUAGUAUGGGACGUGCUGGCAAAUGUUUAUGCUCAAUUGGAAAUGAUUCAUGAUGCCCUUUAUGUUCUCAGCAAGAUGGACAGCCUGAACAUGCAAGCUUCAAUAUCCACUUAUGACAGUUUAAUGUACAAUUUAAGACAUACAGACAUGGUCUGGGACAUCUACAAAGAAAUCAGAGCCCGUGGGGUUACUCAUAGUGAAUACACUUAUAACAUCCUCAUUGACAGUCUUUGCAAGCAGCAGAGGUUGCAGGAUGCCAUAUCCUUCUUUCAAGACGUGCAUGGUCGAAAAGAGGUCAAACCUUUCAUUAUCACUUUCAACACCCUCAUGUCUGGAUUAUGUAAUGCAGGUUUGGUAGAGGUUGCCAAAUCUAUCCUCUCUCUGAUACUUAAAUAUGGGUUGCGUCCGGACAGAUACAGUUAUACUACUCUCAUACAUAGGCUAUGUGCAGCAGGUUCCAUGGAGGAAGCUUUGAAGCUUUUUGAGGACAUGGAGAAAGAUGGCAUAUUGCUUGAUGUUGUGGCGUAUAACAUUCUCAUAAAUGGAUACCGUUUACUUGGGCUGAUGAGUGAGGUUUGGAAGCUCAUCAAGAUGAUGAUUUUUCAAGGGCUGAAGCCAGACCUUGUUACUUAUACUAUACUAAUUACAGGGCAUUGUGAAAAGGGUGAUGUUGAAGAAGGGUUGAGGGUGCGGAGGGAGGUCAUUGCUCGAGGGAUUCAGUUGAACAUUGUUGCAUACAGUGUGCUUUUGAAUGCUCUGUUUAAAAAAGGGCAAAUUGGUGAAGUACAUCAGUUGCUUGAUGAGAUAGAAGCUAUUGGUUUGCACAUGGAUUUGGUAGCGUAUUCCAUUCUGAUCCAUGGGUACUGCAAACUAGGAGAAAUUGAAAGGGCGCUUCAAGUGUGCCAAAUGAUGUGCUCCAAACAAGUGAUGCCUAAUUCAUUUACUCAUGGGGCAACUCUUUCAAGCCUGUGCAAGAAAGGGAUGCUGGUGGAAGCAAGGUGGUAUUUGGACAAUCUAGUCGGUAGUGGUCUGAUGGUGGACAUCAUUUUGUACAAUAUUGUGAUUGAUGGCUAUGCAAAAAUUGGUGAUGUUGAUGGUGCACUUGAGUUGUAUGAACAGAUACUUAAGCUAGGGUUAUCUCUAACUAUUGUCACAUAUAAUACCCUAAUUUUUGUCUUUUGCAAGAUUGAAAAGUUAACUGUGGCAGAGCACUUUCUUAGGCAAAUUGAGCUUAAUGGAAUAAAUCCAACAGUAGUGACCUACACCACUCUUAUGGAUGCCUUUGUUGGAGCUGGAAAUACUGAUUCAAUGUUAAGAAUGUUCAAUGAAAUGAUUGAGAAAGCAAUCAUGCCCAAUGUUAUUACAUACAGUGUAGUCAUGAAGGGGCUCUGUAAGCAAGGGAGGCUACAAAAAGCUAUUGACAUUCUCAAGGAUAUGCAUAUAUCAGGUAUAUAUGCUGAUCAAAUUACAUAUAAUACACUUAUGCAAGGAUUUUGUGAAGUGCAAAACAUAGAAAUGGCUUUUCGCAUACAUGACGAAAUGUUACAACACAAUCUUAUGCCUACUCCUGUAACAUAUAAUCUUCUUAUUAAUAUUCUUUGCUUGAAAGGCAAAGUAGACUGUGCUGAAAAGUUUCUAGAUUCUCUUCUGGAUAAGGGUGUCAGGUUGAGUAAAUUUGCUUAUACCACAAUAGUCAAAGCACAAUGUGCAAAAGGAAUGCCGGGUAAAGCCAUUAUUUUCUUUGACAGAAUUAUAAGAUCUGGGUUUGAAGUUUCAAUCAAAGAUUUCAGUGCAGCAAUCAAUCGAUUAUGCAAAGGAAAUUUUGUAAAUGAAGCAACAAUAUUUCUAAAGAUGAUGUUGUAUGUUGGCAUAUACCCGGAUGAGGAGUUGUGUACCGUCAUAUGUAGUGCUUUCAUCAAAAAAAAAGAGCUGCAGUCAUUAUUUGUGUUGCAAGCCAUGAUUGUCAAAAGUGGUAUUCUUGCCUGGGAUAUCCAGUAAGGAGUUUAUUUAUGAAGCAUAGCAAAUUCAAGGGAGUUUAUAUGUUCAAGCUUGAUGGCACUGUGUUUAUAUGCAUGAGCUAUUGUACCCGGAAAGUCUUUCAACAAAAGGGUUCAAAUUAUCUAUUUCGAAACAAUUAUCUAGCAAGGAAAGAUAAUUGAAGCAUGAAGUAGUCUAGUGAUUCAUAUGAUGACCUCAAUAUUUGAGGGGAAAUUUGUCGCAUCAGGAGAUAUCGGCGAGGUCAAGUGAUAGUUGGUGGUUGAUCAGGAGCUAUAUUCAAGCAACUGAGGGGGCAACCACCUGUUUUUCUCUUCGUCAUUCUUACUGACUGGAUUAGAUACCCCUCCUCCUCCCGCUCCUGCUGAGGUGCCGCUUCUCCUGCCAGCACCUGCACCACCACCAGAUGGUUUCCUGGAUUUAUGCUUACGGUCUCUCUCCUGCUGCAGAUGAUCCGCAAGCUGCUGCCCACGACUGUUUGAAUGCGACCCCUACCAUUAUGAUCUCAUUUUCCUGAAGGACCUCUAGUUUAGGGGUACAGCAUGUGGAGUUUUUCCAAGUCUUACUGUGACAAAAUUUAUUAGUAUCUGGUAGUUCUGCAACUAAGAUAGCAGGCUCUAAUCACACUGAGGGUAGACUUCGUAGUUCAGAUGAGAAGUUUUCCCACCUAUUGCCAUUUUCUUUUUUGUGUUUUCUAUUUCUUUCUUGACUGCUGUUAUCAAGAAGCAGAAACAUGUUUAGUAGAGAAUGUAAGAGAAAUGUCUGUGGAUAAAAUUUUAAUUUACUACCUCAUCUGAUAGUCUUGUUCUUACUGAGAAAAAUUCAAAGGCACUGUAUUCAUAUUUGUACGCAUAUAGCACACAUGCUUGGAAAA